AUGAGCAUUCAGAAGGCCGUUGAGGCUGUUCAGGAAAAGGUUAAGGACCUAACUGUCGACAAUAAAGACAAAAAAAAACAGAGCAAACAAGGAUCUCUGUAUCUGGACCCUCAACCGGAGUUUAUCGACGAGAGAAUUCAGCUGUUCGAGAAACUACAACAGGAAUACAAUGACAAAGUCGCUAAGAUGCCCAGAGAGGCCAUCAAAGUUGUCUUGAAGGAUGGUACCGAAAAGGACGCCGUUUCGUGGGAGACCACGCCCAUGGAUAUUGCCAAAGAAAUUGCCAAGUCGUUUCCUGAUAAGCAAUGCAUAUCCAAGGUUAACGGCGAGCUUUGGGAUUUAGACAGGCCUAUUGAGGGCACAGGUGGGGACGUUGUCAAGCUUGAGUUUUUCGACUUUGAAUCCGAAGAGGGCAAAAGAGUUUUCUGGCAUUCGUCUGCUCACGUUUUGGGUGAAGCCUGUGAGUGUAACCUCGGAGCCCACAUUUGUCUGGGCCCUCCCACCUCAGACGGUUUCUUUUACGAAUUUGCCAUCAAGAACGGGCCAGAGGUUGCCGCUGACGUCCCCGAGAGAACCGUGUCUCAAAAUGACUUCCCGGCUUUGGAAAAUGUGUCUAAGAACGUGAUCAAGCAAAAGCAGAAGUUCGAGAGGCUUGUCAUGAGCAAGGAGGACUUGUUGAAAAUGUUCCACUACUCCAAAUACAAAACAUAUCUUGUCCAAACCAAGGUCCCUGACGGAGGUGCCACCACCGUGUACCGUUGUGGUUCUUUGAUUGACUUGUGCGUUGGCCCUCACAUUCCACACACUGGCCGUAUUAAGGCUUUCAAGCUUCUUAAAAACUCUUCUUGUUACUUUUUGGGAGAGUCGACAAACGACUCUCUACAAAGAGUUUAUGGAGUUUCUUUCCCAGACAAGAAGCUUAUGGACGCACACUUGAAAUUUUUGGCCGAAGCCUCCAUGAGAGACCACAGAAAGAUCGGAAGAGAACAAGAACUUUUUUAUUUCAAUGAAGUGUCUCCUGGAUCUUGUUUCUGGUUGCCUCACGGCACGAGGAUCUACAAUACUCUGGUUGAUCUUGUGCGUUCAGAAUAUCGUCGUAGAGGGUACGAUGAAGUUAUUACGCCAAACAUGUUCAACUCGAAAUUAUGGGAAAUUUCGGGUCAUUUAAGCAACUACCAAGAGAACAUGUUUACCUUUGAUGUUGAAAAGGAAAAGUUCGGUUUGAAACCAAUGAACUGUCCGGGUCACUGUAUCAUGUUCAAAUCUAGAGAACGUUCUUACAGAGAAUUGCCCUGGAGAGUUGCUGACUUUGGUGUCAUUCACAGAAACGAAUUUUCGGGUGCUUUGUCCGGUCUAACGCGUGUUAGAAGAUUCCAACAGGAUGAUGCUCAUAUCUUUUGCACUCAGGAUCAGAUCGAGCAAGAGAUUGAGAAUAUAUUUGAUUUCUUAAAGUUUGUUUAUGGAAUCUUCGGAUUUGAGUUCAAAAUGGAGCUCUCGACCAGACCAGAGAAGUAUGUUGGUGAGAUAGAGACCUGGAACAACGCUGAGGCCAAAUUAGAGGGCGCUCUUAAGAAAUGGGGUGGAAAUUGGGAGUUAAACCCCGGCGAUGGUGCCUUCUACGGUCCAAAGAUCGAUAUAAUGAUUUCCGACGCUUUGAAAAGGUGGCACCAGUGUGCCACCAUUCAAUUGGACUUCCAAUUGCCGCAGAGAUUUGAGCUUGAGUUCAAAGCCAAGGAAAAUCAAGAAGGUGAAAAUUACGAAAGACCAGUCAUGAUUCACCGUGCCAUUUUGGGAUCUGUUGAGAGAAUGACUGCCAUAUUGACGGAGCAUUUUGCCGGUAAGUGGCCGUUCUGGCUCUCUCCUCGUCAAGUGCUUGUUGUUCCAGUUGGCGUUAAAUACCAGGAAUACGCCAAGGAGGUUAAAGACCAGUUGUCCGAAAAGGGCUUCUACGCCGAUGUAGAUUUGACGGGUAACACUCUUCAAAAGAAGGUUAGAAAUGGUCAAAUGCUAAAGUAUAACUUCAUUUUCAUUGUUGGUGAGCAGGAAAUGAAUGAGAAGUCUGUUAACAUCAGAAAUAGAGAUGUGAUGGAGAUGCAAGGCAAGAACGCCACUAUACCACUCGAAACAGUGGUACCACAACUGUCUCAGCUGAAGGAAGACAGGCGUUUGGACAACGUUCUUAUUUAA